CUGCUCUUCAGUUUAGUUGAUGUUCAGAUUCGGCAAUGGCGAAAAAAUCGAGCUCCAUCAAACUGUUCCGGAUUUGUUGCUUACCGUGAACAUUUGUGCUGUUAUGGUGUUGAUGUGAACAGAAACUAUGACUUUGAAUUCAAUCAACUCAACUCACGUUUCAACAAUCCAUGCUCUGAUGAAUUUCAAGGACCUUUUCCGUUUAGUGAACCAGAAUCCAGAGCCGUUCGAGAUUAUUUGUUGGGUGAAGAAAUGAGGGAUAAUGUUGACCUGUUGAUUAGUUUGCAUACACAUGGCGAAAUGAUUAUACUGCCAUAUAAUCAUCGAAAGCGGACAUAUUCAGAUGAUUAUCAUGAUUUACGCUAUUUAGCAAAAAAAGCUGCGGACAAAAUUCGUGAAGAUGGUGGUACUGAUUAUCAAAUUGGGACUGCUGCCGAUAUGAUCGGUGCGUUUGAAAGUGUAGCAACUGGUGGAGCAUCAGACUGGAUAAAAAAUAAUACAUCUAUUAAAUUUGUCUACGUUUUUGAACUACCUCCUAGUCUAGUCACUUCUUUUGCAUUUCAAAUGAAACCUCAUUGGUUAAUACCAACAUUUAACGAACUAUGGAGAGGACUGAAGGUAUUGUUUGACGAGAUGAUACGUUGGCGAUUUCCGUGA